CUAGCUAGGCCGAAUUAAACUGCUAUAUAGACCGACCAGGCCAGGGCGCGAGUCAUUGUGCAGGCAAGCCAGCAAACAAUCCUGAAAAGGCACCUUAACAUGGAGUAUGAGGCGGCCACUGGGUUAGUCCUAUCUAUAAUAUUGCUAUGUUUUGCAUGGGUAAUGAUGACAAAGCUCCGACGCCGUCGAUUGGAAGAUCGACAAGGUAAGCUCCCACCAGGGCCGAGAUGGUGGCCGGUGGUUGGAAACAUUUUCCAACUGGGUUGGGCGCCACACGAGUCCUUUGUAAAGUUGGCUCGUAAGCACGGCCCCAUCAUGACCCUUUGGCUAGGGUCAAUGAGCACGGUGGUGAUCUCCUCCAGUGAAGUGGCUCGGGUCAUGUUCAAAAAUCAUGAUGCCGUUCUUGCGGGCAGGAAGAUUUACGAAUCUAUGAAGGGGAAUUAUGGUAACGAGGGUUCCCUCGUUACCGCUCAAUAUGGACCUCACUGGCGCUUGUUGCGGCGCUUGUGCACCACCGAGUUUUUCGUCACAAAUCGUCUUGAAGCAACGCGAGCUGUACGCGGCAGGUGCAUCGACGGCUUGGUGCAGUUCAUAGAAGAUGCUAGUGCAAAUGGUACCGAAGGCAUCGACGUUGGAAGGUUCUUCUUCUUGAUGUCUUUCAAUCUCAUAGGAAAUCUUAUGUUCUCAAAAGAUUUGCUGGAUCCCAAAUCGGAGAGAGGGGCCAAGUUUUUCUACCAUGCAGGCAAGGUCAUGGAGUUCGCUGGGAAGCCGAACGUGGCCGAUUUCAUGCCAAUCCUAAGGUGGAUGGACCCACAAGGUAUACGGAGGAAGACCCAGUUCCACGUCGAACGUGCCUUUGAAAUAGCAGGAGGGUUCAUUGGAGAGAGGAUGGAGAGCUUGGAGAAUGAAAAUAGCGAAGAGAAAAGAAAGGACUACCUAGACGUGCUUAUGGAGUUUCGGGGUGAUGGUGUGGAGGAGCCCUCGAGGUUUUCUCCAAGAACCAUAAACGUUGUAGUCUUUGAGAUGUUCACUGCGGGGACAGACACGACCACAAGCACACUGGAGUGGGCAAUGGCUGAGAUUCUCCACAACCCUGAAACUCUAAAGAAGGUCCAGGCUGAACUGAGGAGCACCAUCAGCCCUGGUAAGAGGCUGGAAGAGAAGGACAUCGAAAGCCUCCCGUACCUCAAAGCUGUCAUAAAGGAAACCCUAAGGAUACACCCACCACUCCCUUUCUUAGUCCCACAUAUGUCCAUGGAUUCGUGCAAAAUGUUAGGCUAUUAUAUCCCAAAGGAUACACAGAUUCUCGUAAAUGUCUGGGCAAUUGGACGGGACCCGACGACGUGGGAUGAACCUUUGGUUUUCAAACCGGAGAGGUUCUUGGAGCCAAACACGGUGGAUUUCAAGGGGCACCAUUUUGAGUUCAUACCAUUUGGGUCUGGGCGACGAAUUUGUCCAGCUAUGCCUCUUGCUGCUCGUGUGCUUCCGCUGGCUUUAGGGUCUCUCUUACACAGGUUUGACUGGGUUUUGGCAGACGGCCUUAAGCCAGAGGAGAUGGACAUGACCGAGAGGAUGGGGAUAACACUCAGGAAAGCUGUCCCAUUGAAGGCUAUAGCGAUGCCUUACAAAUUAGGUGACCACGUCGGAAAGAAGUCGAUGCGUUAAACAGGGCUCCUGGCCGAAUUAUGGUUUCAUUAAUUAAUUAAUUAGCACGUUUGGGGCGGGGGUUCAUAAUUUCCUAAUUAUGUAAUUUUGGUCUUCCCUUAGUUACACCUUCUGAUUGUAAUAUAUUAUUGGUGUGUGGUAUUUGGCUUGGGACGCUCUAAGAAUUUCCUACCUAGUUAAUUAAUGCUGC